UGAUGGGAGUUUAAGCGUUUAGUUAUAAAAAUAAAUUACAAUAAUUUAACAGUGAUUUAUUAUUCAAAUUUAAAUUUAUUAUAUGUUAUAUUAGCUUUUUUAUACUAUUUUUAAAUAUUUUAACCUAAAAUGUUGGUACAGAAAGUUUUACGAUUUACAAAAAAUACGAAAGUAUUGCAAAGAUCAUUUUUCCAUAGGAGUUCUCAGUUUUCACAAAAGAUCAAUAAUCAAUAUGCAUUUGCUACAAAGUUAUGUACUGGAACUUCGCUUGCUACUAUGGGCAUAUGGGGCCUUACCAAAAAAAAAAGUGAAAAUGAAUCGGUUAUAACUGCAAAAGAAGUUCUAAUAGCAAAGUCUGAUGCACUGUUUGACCAAGGGCAAUAUAAAGAAUUAUAUGAUCUUUUGUCAAAUUAUAGAGAUAGUGGAGAUGUUGAAAUUAUGUGGCGUCUAAGCAGAGCAUUAUAUAAAAUGUCUCAAGAUGCUAGUGAUAUAGAAGAAAAAAAAAUGAUUUUUGAAGCUUAUGACAUAUUAUCUAAUGCUUUGAAAAUAAAAGAGGAUCAUUGGGCUGUACAUAAAUGGAUGUCAGUCAUUCUUGACAGUAAAUGCAAUUAUGAAGGCACAAGAGUACGAAUAACUCAGUUAUACAAUGUCAAGAAACAUAUGCUGAGAGCAAUAGAACUCAAUCCGAAUGAUGCAACAACCAUGUACAUGUUAGGUACAUGGUGUUAUCAUAUUUCUUGUUUAUCGUGGCAUCAAAGAAAACUGUCAUCUAUAAUAUUUCAAGAACCACCAAGCUCAUCAUUUAAUGAAGCUGUGACAUACUUUGAAAAGGCAGAGAAACUUGAUCCAUAUUUCUAUAGCCAUAAUUUAUUAAUGCUGGGAAAAACUUAUUUAAAAUUAAAUCAGAAGGAACAAGCUUUAAAGUAUUUAAAAAUGGUAUCUGAAUAUCCAGUAAAAAAUGAUGAUGACCAUAGUGCUAAACAAGAGGCAGAAUCUCUGUUAAGAAAGAUAAAAAUUUAACUGCUACGUGCAUGGCAAAAAUAAUUACUAAUUAUCAUUGCCAAGUAUUUUUACUAAUAACUGAAAUAGUGGUUAAGGAUACUCAAUAAAUGUAACAAUGCAGUUCUCGUAUGGUAAUGUUUUAUUUCCAAACCAUUCAUGUUUUCUAUGUAAAUGACAGGAAAAUGGACAGAAUAUUGCGCACAAAAAAACUUCAU